GCAGCGCGCGGGCCCCGCCCCCCGCCUAUAAGAGCGGUGCGGCACUGCAGCUAGCGCAGUUCUCACUGAGACCCGUCACCCGGACUCUACGUGAGACCCACCGCCCGGACUCACCAUGCGCGAAUGCAUCUCAGUCCAUGUGGGGCAGGCAGGUGUCCAGAUGGGCAAUGCCUGUUGGGAGCUCUACUGUCUGGAACAUGGGAUCCAGCCUGAUGGGCAGAUGCCCAGCGACAAGACCAUCGGUGGAGGGGAUGACUCCUUCACCACCUUCUUCUGUGAAACCGGUGCUGGGAAGCAUGUGCCCCGGGCUGUGUUUGUGGAUCUGGAGCCCACUGUGAUUGAUGAGAUCCGAAAUGGCCCAUACCGGCAGCUCUUCCACCCAGAGCAGCUCAUCACCGGGAAGGAGGACGCUGCUAACAACUAUGCCCGUGGUCACUAUACCAUUGGCAAGGAGAUCAUCGACCCAGUACUGGACCGGAUCCGCAAGCUGUCUGACCAGUGCACGGGACUCCAGGGCUUCCUGGUGUUCCACAGCUUCGGAGGGGGCACCGGUGAGACUUGCCAAGUGGUCUUUGCCAGGCCCAAGGAAAUGUGA